UUUCUUUCUUUCUUUCUCUCUCUCCUUUCCUUUCCUUUCCUUUCUUUUUUGCAGUGGCUCUUCCUCAUUUGCUACAUCCACGUUUGAGACAAAAUUUAUUUUUUACCAGACCUCGUUUCUGCACUAACCAUCACUAGCAGCACAAUCUUAUGCUGGCUUGUUUUGAAAUCUGUUUUAAUCAGAGGCAUAACACCGUAAUUAGUCAAAAAGCACGACACCCAUGUAUCUUAAAACUACCCAACGAAAUGUUAGCCUUAGAUAUUGUGCAAAACUUCUGCCCACAUAAUUUAUGGUUCAAGGUGUCAAGAACAUUGGGUAAUGUCAUGCACGAUGUUAAUCAUGGACAACCAUGUCACGCAAACACAGAUCUUGGGUUUCAGCUGCUUUGAGUGGGGUAUCUGUCCACCCUCUUUUAAGCCUGGCACACUCACUCUCAUUGAAAACUUCUCUCCACCCACAAACGAGGCUGCAAGAUCUACUUUUGUGACCGGAGCCAUGAGCUCCGGUUGCUGCGCUCCACGGGACUUCCUUGCUCUGUAAAGGUAUUUUAGAAUAAGGCAAUCCUAUCCAAGCCUCGUUUGGGUCCGCUUGGGACGACGGGCCGCGAAAGGGACCCGUCUUCUUUAAUAGGAGCGCAAAUCAGUCCAUGCAUUUGGCUUGGAGGGGGGGUGGGGAAAGAACCUUCUCUUCCCAAACCGGAGGUGCCGAAGAAAUUUGGGAAUCUGGAAUGCCAGAGCCUUCCGUCCAAGCCCGGAUCACCCCAUUCAGGGUUUGGGAAAACCCAACUGGGGCUCAGGAGAAAAGAUCAUACGCACGCCCAACUUUGCCCCGGCUGCAAAGACGCCCCUCCCCUCGUGGCGAGCCCGGGCCAACCAGCCCUUGCUCCCACCUCCUCUCCUCCUCGAAUCGCGCCGUGGUGUCGCCUUGUUAUGAAUGGCCAAGGCUCCGGGAAGUACAGACGCUCCGCGAACGCCUUACUUUGAAGGCUGGAGCCAGCCAGCAAGCGAGCCCUCUCCGAGCGCCGGAGCGCAUAGCGCACAGCGGACAGCGGACAGCGCACAGCAAGCAGGCGGUGAAUGACCUCUCUCUCUCUCUCUCUGUGCUUGCGCUGCGCCGCUCCGCCCCUAUAAAUAACUGAGCGCAAAGGAACUUUCCCAAGUCAAGAGACUUUCAGGAGGAGAAGAGACUCGGCACCUACCGCCAAAUGGUCCGGAGGAACCAGCAGCAGGAGCGCUCGGCCGGCAGCUGCAGCGUCUAAGCAACCCUUCGCGAUUUUCAAUUUCCAUUUUUUUGAUUUGAAGAAGGGGGCCCUCUCAAGCCCCUUCCCUUCCCCGCCCCCCGAUUUCGGACGGGAGUUUCAGGAGCAAAAGGCAAGGGAAGGCAAAGAGGAAUUGCCGGCGUCUCCUCGGUCGGCGCUUGCAACGUCCCCGCCCUCUCGCUUCUGGAGGCAUUGGAGAGGGGGGGUGUCUCCGGUGGCCGAGGUUCCCCUUCGCCCCCGCCGCUCCCCUCCUUUUGCUUUCAUGCAACGCCUGGUAGCCUGGGAUCAGGCAUGCCACCCCCUUCAGCCCGCGGCCUUUAAAUCCAUGGAAGUGGCUAAUUUCUAUUACGAGGCGGACUGUCUGGCUGCUCUGAACAAGCUGCACCCCCGGGCGGCGGGGGCCCGCUCCAUGACCGAGCUCACCGUGGGGGAUCACGAGAGAGCCAUCGACUUCAGCCCUUACCUGGACCCUUUAGCAUCGCAGCCGCCGCCGCAACAGCAACAGCAGCCGCCGCCGCCUCCUUCCACGGCAGCAGGGGGCAACUUUGAGCCUGUUUGCAGCAGCGGCGGGAGCAGCGGCCAAGAUUUCCUCUCCGAUCUCUUCUCCGAGCAGGACUAUAAAGGCGGCGGGAAGAAGCACCCCGACUACGCUUACAUCAGCCUAAGCCGACACAGCCACCACUCGGGCGUCGGACAGAACCACAAAGCCGGGCCGCUGCUGGGUUGUUUCCCGCCGCAGAUGGUCGAGACCAAAGUGGAGCCGGUUUUCGAGCACUUGGAUUCUUGCAAAGGGGCCCGCAAGGAAGAAAGCGGCGGCGAAGGAGGAGGAGCAGGCCCCGGCCUGGGGGGAAUGUCCUCGCCUUACGGCAGCACCGUCCGCUCCUAUUUGGGCUACCAGUCCGUGCCGAGCGGGAGCAGCGGGAACCUUUCCACCUCGUCGUCUUCCAGCCCGCCCGGCACCCCGAACCCGUCCGAUUCCUCGAAGUCCGCCUCGGUCGGAGGAGGAAGUGGCGGCGGCGGCGUUUACCCGGCAGGCCCCAGUGGAGGCGGCGGCGGCGGCAGCAGCGGCAAGAACAAGUCCAAGAAGUGCGUGGACAAGCACAGCGAGGAGUACAAGAUCCGCCGCGAGAGGAACAACAUCGCCGUGCGCAAGAGCCGCGACAAAGCCAAGAUGCGCAACCUGGAGACGCAGCACAAAGUCUUGGAACUGACUGCCGAGAACGAGCGGCUCCAAAAGAAAGUCGAGCAGCUCUCCCGGGAACUCAGCACCCUCAGGAACUUGUUCAAACAGCUGCCCGAGCCGCUUUUGGCCUCCUCCGGACAUUGCUAGCCUUUUUUCCCCGUUGACCCUCCCCCCCCCCUCCUCUCCCCCGAACAGCUGGACGCCGCUGGAAACAACGCUGUGUGGGGUUUGGGCAGGCGAAGGGUUACGGGGGGCGGGGGAGGAAUGGAGCGGUGCGCGCGCGUGUAUGUGUGUAUGUGU